UUGAUCAAUCGUGUCAACGAUUAUCUCCGUAUCCCUUCUGCCUCCAGGAUGUCCUCUUCUCGCUCCAAUAUCUCCAGCGAGGCGCUUACUGCCUUCUUACCUGAGAUGGAGUAUACUUCAAAACUCGCCAACAGUUCCGUCCCAACCAGCCCAUUGUUCUGGAUCCUUUGA